GUCCCCUUAAACCCUUCAUUCUAUUCUAGGGUUUGUUCCCUCCGCCGGAAGCUCAGUGUCACUGCUUUGGCGGUGCGCCCUCUCUCUCUCUUUCUUUCUAUCGUUCUCUUCCACCUCUGCAAUUGCAGCUGCUCGUUCUGCUGCCGCCGCCUCUCUAUUACUGCCCAGAGUUGCUUAAAGAUGGUGCAGUACAAUUUUAAGAAGAUUACUGUGGUUCCCCCCGGGAAGGACUUCAUCGAUAUUAUCCUCUCCCGUACCCAGAGGCAGACUCCUACUGUCGUUCAUAAGGGAUAUGCUAUAUCACGUCUCCGUCAGUUCUACAUGCGUAAGGUCAAGUACACUCAGCAGAAUUUCCAUGAGAAGCUGUCUACCAUCAUUGAGGAGUUCCCCAGACUGGACGACAUCCAUCCUUUUUACGGGGAUCUCCUUCAUGUGCUGUAUAACAAGGACCACUACAAGCUUGCUCUUGGGCAAGUCAACACUGCGAGGAACCUUAUUAGCAAGAUUGCCAAAGACUAUGUGAAGCUGUUGAAGUACGGUGAUUCUCUGUAUCGGUGCAAGUCCCUGAAAGUUGCUGCCCUUGGAAGAAUGUGUACGGUGAUUAAGAGGAUCGGCCCUAGUUUGGCUUACCUCGAGCAGAUCAGGCAGCACAUGGCUAGGUUGCCUUCCAUUGACCCUAAUACUCGGACGGUCUUGAUCUGUGGGUACCCGAAUGUUGGGAAGAGCUCCUUCAUUAACAAGAUAACCCGGGCUGAUGUGGACGUGCAACCUUAUGCUUUUACGACGAAGUCGCUCUUUGUGGGUCAUACCGACUAUAAGUAUCUUCGUUACCAAGUGAUUGAUACUCCUGGAAUUCUGGACCGCCCAUUUGAAGACCGUAACAUAAUUGAGAUGUGCAGCAUUACAGCUCUAGCUCACCUCCGCGCCGCAGUUUUGUUCUUCCUGGACGUAUCAGGUUCUUGUGGAUAUAGCAUUGCUCAACAGGCAGCGCUCUUUCACAGUAUCAAAUCCCUGUUUAUGAAUAAGCCCUUGAUCAUUGUCUGCAAUAAAACUGAUUUACAGCCGCUGGAGGGUAUAUCAGAGGAAGAUAUGAAGUUGGUCAUGGAGAUGAAGGCUGAAGCCAUGAAAACUGUGUUGGGUCAGGGUGGAGAGCCCACAAAUGAUGAGGGGGUUCUCCUGACUAUGAGCACGUUGACGGAGGAUGGUGUGAUUGCUGUGAAGAAUGCCGCCUGCGAAAGGUUGUUGAAUCAGAGGGUUGAAAUAAAGAUGAAAUCCAAAAAGAUCAAUGACUGUCUAAAUCGGUUUCAUGUUGCGUUACCAAAGCCACGUGACCAAAAGGAGAGGCCGCCUUGCAUUCCACAGGCAGUCAUGGAAGCUAGAGCAAAGGAAGCAGCAGAGAAGGAAAAGAGGAAGACCGAGAAGGACAUAGAGAACGAGAAUGGCGGUGCUGGUGUAUACUCUGCUAGUCUCAAGAAGCACUAUAUCCUGUCGAAUGAAGAGUGGAAGGAGGAUAUCAUGCCUGAGAUUCUCGAUGGGCAUAAUGUCGCUGACUUCAUUGAUCCCGACAUACUGCUGAGGCUGGAAGAGCUGGAGAGGGAAGAAGGGCUGAGGCAGGCGGUGGAGGAAGAUGAUGAUUUUGAGAUGGACGGGAAGGAGUUGACUUCAGAGGAGCAAGAAGCAUUGGCUGAGAUCCGGAAGAAGAAGAGCUUACUCAUUCAGCAGCAUCGGAUCAAGAAGAGCACAGCUGAAAGCAGGCCCAUUGUGCCGAGGAAGUUCGAUAAGAACAAGGAGUUCACAACGAAGAGAAUGGGAAGACAGCUCUCUGUAUUGGGGCUCGAUCCCAGUUUGGCUAUUAAUCGUGCCCGCAGUAGGUCUCUCUCUAGGAAGGGUCGUAAGAGGGAGAGAUCCCCAGCCUAUGAUGGUGGUGAUGCUAUGGAUGUUGAUGUGGACACACCCAAGAAGAAGCUGCGAGCAAGGUCCAGGUCUCUGUCACUGUCUAGGUCAAGGUCGAGGCCACCAAGUGAAGUCACUCCAGGUGAGGGCUUCAAGGACUCCGCUCAGAAGGUCAAGGCAAUUAAACUUGGCAAGAAAUCUGUCAAGAUGAGGAACAAGGAUGCACGUCGUGGAGAGGCUGAUAGAGUUAUCCCGUCUCUCAAGCCUAAACACUUGUUCUCUGGGAAACGCUCCAUUGGGAAAACCCAGAGACGCUAGAGCAUUACUGGGAAUGGACGGGGGAGUAAUAAUGAUGUGCUGCAAUCUUCUAGACAACUUCCGAAGUUUGCAAGAUCAUAUGGAGGGUCAUCGAGUAUCAGGUUCUUUAUCAGGAGAUUCAUGGUGGCAGCUUCUAAAGAAGCUGGGAAUGCAUUUUGGUCUGAUAAGUUCACAUUUACCAGUUUUAGCUUGCCUGGAUAUAUGUUGUUCUGGCAGUUUUGAUAGCAGUGUCGGUUUACUUGUUUUGUGUUUUUUAUGAUAUGAUAUGAGCCUUUUUGGUACAUGGAGGAGACUUAGCCUCUUGUACUUGUUACAAGGCAUGUCAGUACUAAUUGGGUCUUUGGGGAAUUAAAUGGUUCAUUCGUUAGAAUAUGUA